CGUUCCGCGGGCGGGGCGGCUUCCGGGCGGAGCGGCGGCGGCGCGGCCCGGUUCCGUCUCAUCCCAUCCCGUCCCCGUCCCGUCGCACGCGCAGCCGGCGCCAUGGCCCGCAAGAAGCUGCACCGCCCGAUCGCCGCCAUGGCCAAGAAGAUCCGCGAGUACCGGGCGCUGAAGAACCGGCCGCGGGACUCGCAGCGCUUCGCCUUGGACUACGAGACGAUGCGGCGGCCGCUGACCCAGAAGCGGUUGCCGGUGCGGGCCUGGGAGGACGCGCGGAGCGAGCACCGGCUGCUGGCGCUGCUCUGCCGCCUGCCGCGCUUCGGCGUGGGCCGCACCGUCACCCGCAAGUCUUGGCUGUGGGCGCACGACGAGCCCUGCUACUGGGUGAUCGCCAAGGUGAAGGCGGACUACACGGCCGAGAACAUGGAUCACGGAAGAGCCUGGGGCUUCCUGACCUUCAGAGGCAAAACCGAAGAAGAAAUGAGAGAGAUUGACAAAGUCAUGUACCAUGACUGGCGUAUGGUCCCCAAGCAUGAGGAGGAGGCCUUCAAGAAAUUCACCCCAGUGCUGGAGGAGACCAUUCGGUACCUUCCGUACCCACCUCUGCUCCGAGCCAUGAUCCUUGCGCAGUGGCAGAAGGAGGGAAAACCCAUCACAGAGGAGCCAAUGAUUGAUCUGGGGAAGGUCAUGGCCUCUCCCCUUCAGGGUGCAAAGAAAUCUGCAGGGACACCAGUAUAAAGACUUGUUUUAUGUCCUGAGCUUCCCACAUGCCCUCACUGCGUGUUAAAAGCACGGCAUCUUACAGCAGGACCCCCUUGUCCUCUGUGGUAUGCUGCAUCCAGGUUUCCUAGCUUUUUCCCCAGCCCUGUGCAGUGACCUCAUCUGAAAGGAAAGCUGUAGAUACAUUCAUUAUUAUUUUUUUUUCCAGUAACUGUGGUCUCAGUCAGCAGAAGAACCUUCUUGUUACCCUGUACAGUCUCUGAGUGCAUAGGUCCUGUCAUCCAGUUACAGUUCUUUGGAGCACCAUUUCCUCUGUAGCCUAAAAAUCAGGUUUUUAAACAUUUUUCAGAUUGGGUCCUACAUAAAUCACAGAAAAAUGACUGAGAAUAUCACAUUAUUUUACAGAGCUGUGUACGAAUGUAUCUACUAAUGAAAAUAAAUAUUUUCUUAUUUCUACAGCAUAGUUCUAAGAAAACUUGGUAUUAUUUUCAGUGCACAGAGAUCAUCAUUAAGGCCCAAGUGCAGAGCCAUUAGUUUGCCAAAUACAGGCAUUGCAUCGGAUUCUUCUUCACCGCUGCAGAAUCAUCUGUGUUACAUAUGAUGGCAGUGAACGCACCGGGAGGAACAGACCAUGACUUUAGAUCCUAAGCUUAUUCACAGCUAUCCAUCUCUUAUUCCCAGAGACAGCUGUCAGGAAAUAAAUAAUUUUAAUGCUGGUGAUGCAAAGUAUACAGGAUUGGCUCUUACUAUUUGAAGCCCACCGCAAAUUACCUCCUGUUCCAGUGCAGCGUGUUGCUGUGAACAUUAAAACAUGCAACCCCUUAGUGCAA